GCCAAGGGACGUCACUCGAACGAAGCAACAUGGACGGCAACAAAAAGCAAUAUGGUUUACUUAUCCCCAAGAACAACAAGACAGCCUCCAUACAGAGAAGACCCAAUAUAUUUGGAGAUGACAGUGAUGAGGACACAGGUAAUGCAGACGUCAACCCAAUGCAGAGAUCUACCACACAGUCCCUCAAAGUUAAGAAACAGACUCAGAUCGAGAUUGACAAGGCGUUGUCAGAGGAUGCCACAGUAUAUGAAUAUGACAGUAUCUAUGACAACAUGCAGUCUGAGAAAGAGAAGAAGGAUGUCAAGGUCAAAGCGAAGGUUGAUAAGAAGCCACGCUACAUCGCAGGUCUGCUGAAGCAUGCAGAGAUCCGCAAGAAGGAGGACGAGCGACGCGUGGAGAGGAAGGUGCAGCAGGAGAGGGAGCAGGAGGGGGAUGAGUUUGCAGACAAGGAAGCCUUUGUGACAUCUGCCUACAAGAAGAAGAUGCAGGAGCAGCAGGAGGAGGAGGAGAGGGAGAAGAAGAAGGCAGAAAUGGAGGCAAUGCUGGAUGUGACGAAGCAGAAGGAUCUGAGUGGAUUCUACCGCUACCUGUACCGUCAGACUGCCGGGGGGGACGGCGAUGAACCAGAGAGAAAGGAAGAUAUCAAGAUCAAGAAAGAAGGAGAAAAACAGGAAGAAGUCCGAGUAAAGAAGGAGAAAGUAUCAGAGAGUGGGGACAGUGACUCAGAUUCCAGUUCGCAGUCAAGUUCAGCCUCUGAUGAUUCCAGAGGCAGAAAGAAAGUUCAAGCAAAUGGAUCAUUGAAGAAAAGGCAGACGUCUGAGGGAACAAAAAGAAGGAAAAAAAGUUCAUCAGGUUCGUCAUCUGAAGAGAGAGGUCACAGUAGGUCAAGGUCAAGAGAUAGAGGCCGGCGAUCUCCAGAUAGGGCAAGGUCAGAUAGAAAAAGACAUAUGAGAGAUAUGUCAAAUGAAAGAAAUAGAGGAGAAAGACCAAGGGAUAGAAGUGUUAAGGAGAGAUCAGGGUCAAGAGACCGAUAUAGAAAAGGCAGGUCUAGGUCAAGAGACAGAAGUAGAAGAGAAAGGUCAAGGUCAAGAGACAGAAGUAGGAAAAACAGGUCAAGGUCAAGAGACAAAAGCAGAAAAGACAGAUCAAGAGAUAGAAGUAGAAGAGAAAGGUCAAGGUCAAGAGACAAAAGUAGGAAAGACAGGUCAAGGUCAAGAGACAAAAGCAGAAAGGACAGGUCAAGAUCAAGAGACAGAAGCAGAAAGGACAGGUCAAGGUCAAAAGAUAAAAGUAAACGAGAACCAUCAAGGGAAACAAAUGGAAAGAACAAGAAACAGAUGUCAGAAUCCAGUGAAAGAAAAGAUGGAUCAAGGUCAAAAGAAAAGUCGAAGAGUUACCAAGAGAAAUCAGAAUCUCCACAGAGGAAAGUUUCAGAAGAAAAGCUUGUGGAGGAAACCACCGAAAGUAAGGCUGAUAGUGACCGUGAGAGGAGUGCGUCUCCCUUUACUGGUCCCCAGCUGCCCCCAGACAGUAAAGUUGAGAGUAAGCCUGAAGAAGACUUGAAGUUGAAGUACGCCAAACACACAACAGAGGACAAGGCAGCGGAGGCCAGGAGGAGGUAUCUGGAGAGGAAACUGGCCAAGGAGAGGGCACAGGGGUUGCAGAGCUGAGCUAGGACUUUAUCAUGUUGGCUGCAUUAACAUGUUUAAAAUUACAUACAGAAGAAUUUAGGGAAUCGUUUGAUGAACACUUGGUUGAGGAGUUUAUUUGUGCAUUUUCCUGGAGAAAGUACUCUGUGAUCUUGUGGUCAGUGUAUAUGAUGCCUUAAUGUGAUGCUAGAUUAACAAGAUACGUAGGUCGAUGGACAGAAAAGCUGGAGAACAGGUUUCACCAGUCACUUAAAAGGGCAAUGAAUUGGAUAACUAACUUGCCAACUAUAUUUUGAGGAGGUGAACGUAGAGAUUGUCAUACAAGCACAAGUGUCAUACUGAUUUUACGUAACGAGUGUCAGAAUUCUUGUAUUUCCUGAGCGAGUAUAAUAAUUUCUUUAUUAUGCAUAAUUUCUUAAUCCUUUUGAGAUCGCCUUUAGAAAAAUGCCCAGAUCACGACGACCGUCUUAGAAAAUCCCAAUUUUCAAAUGAUUUCAAUGAUCUUCGAAUGAUAAUGCGAACAUUAUCGACAUGUAGUGUAACCACUGAGCUUUUGUGAGUUUUUGUCAUUAAACAAAAUAUCACAUGACUAACCAUGGGUCCGGGCAGUCCUGUGGGAAACCGGGUCCUACUCAGGACCCACCCGACCCGAGUACCCGAGUUACCAUCUUCCCGCAUGUCCCGAGACAAGCGAGUUAACUGACUAUAAAAGUCCAGUUUCCACCCUUGCCGAACUAGGCUGGUAUUAUGGAGUUACAUUUUUGCUGGACUAACGAGUCUAUGCAUAGUCCAAUCAAAAUCUUGCAACGAAAUCAA